AUGAUUAACCCUAAUAUUGUAAAUCAUAGUGAAAAUAGCUAUCAAUAGCUAAUUCAAAAAAGCUAUCUUAUGCUAUGUCUAAAGUGCUUUAAACCUCAGUUUGAAGUUAAGCAAAUUGUUAAAGAGACUCCUUCUUACAACAUAUUCUGCCAUGUAAUAGUCUUUGAUGUCAUAGAGUAAAAGAACAAAAUGCUGAUUGUUUAAAAGUAUACAUAUAGUAAAUAUUUAGAAGAAUAUUAAGAAAUUUUAAACAAAUCUUUUAGAAAUGACAUCAUUUUAAAUUUGCUAGACUAAUACUUUUUAGAUACAGAUUAGCUCUUUUAUAUUUAUGAAAUGGAGCAUUGCAAUAUGACUUUAUUACAAUUUAUAAACCUGUAUAAACUGAAUAGCAAAAUUUUUGAUCCUUUGCUAAAUGAAAUAGGUUAAUAUAUAACAAGUUAAUAUGAUAAAAUCUUUACUCUUAAUUUUGAUAUAUCUUAGUAUUAUGUAAAUGUGAUUAAUUCAAAUAGGAUUGAAGUAAAAAUAAAUUUAAUUCAUGAAUAUAAACUCUCGCUUUAUUAUUUGGGAAAUAACUAAAUUUCUCAUAAUGACGAACUUUAAACUGAAAAUAAUUCAAAUGAGCUAGAAUUAGAAGAAACUGUUUUUCAAGACUUGGCAGAUAGUGAAAAAAUAAAAGGAAUAUUAAAAGAUUUAUGUGAGCAAGUUAAUGUUAAAAUAAAAAAGAAUGGCUUGUCUGAUUUAAUUUAAAAUAAAUUUUCAAAAAUUUUACAAUUUCAUCAAUUAGAAAUUUUUUAGAUAAUUUAGUAACAUCCCCUUUAUGAUGCAUUUGAGAUUAAAAGGUUGGACAAUAAUUACUUUGAACUCAUUGUAGAAAAGAGGGGCUAAUAAAUCAGAUUAAUAGCUGAAAAAUUUAACUAAAUCAGUAUGGCGGAAUAGAUUGAAUAAAAAUAACAAAAUAUUGAACAAAAAACUACUCAAGCAGGUUAACAACCUAAUUUUAGAUAAUAAAAUAUAAUUUAGCUUGACAGAAUAAAUUCAACAUAUGAUGAUUUUAAUAUUAGUAAUAUCAGAAAUUUAAAUGAAUUACCUUAAAAAGAAAUUAACCUUCUUUAAAAUUAUUAAUUUGAUAUUUUAAAUGAAUAACAGAUUGAAUAAAAUUAACAAAAUAUUGAACAAUAAACUACUCAAAGAAUUUAACAAACCAAUUUUAGAUAAUAAAAUAUAAUUUAGCUUGACAGAAUAAAUUCAAGAUAUGAUGAUUUUAAUAUUAGUAAUAUCAUAAAUUUAAAUGAAUUACCUUAAAAAGAAAUUAAUCUUCUUUAAAAUUAUUAAUUUGCUAUUUUAAAUAUGAGCAAAGGAAUAUAAGUAUUAAUAUUUGAUGAUAACGUUUAUUACUUAAUAGGUUAAAAACCUUAUAUUAUUUUUAAUCAUCAAGAGUUUUAAAGUUUUAAAGAGAUAUAUGAAGUAGAAGAAGAUUUAAAUUCUGAUGAAUCUUCAAUUUCUGUAGAAAAUAAUGAAUCAGAAGACAAUUAAUUAAUGAGAGCAAAUAAAUAUGAUCGAUGA